UAUUUGCAUGAGGCCAAGGCUCUGGGUAACAUCUUCAGAGAAAGAGAGACACGAGAGACUACAGGGCCUUCUGAACACAGGGAGCCCACAUAAUGGUGCAAGAAAGGCAUCCUCAAGAGAAAGCGGUAUGGCGAUACCAAGUGAAACUCUGGUUUGUUGCUGUGAUUUUUAUAGCACUCCUCAGUGCUUGUUUCAUUGUGAGUUGUGUGGUGACUUAUUUUACAUAUGGCAAAACUGACAAAAAGCUGUCUGCACUACAUACGUAUCAUUCAAGUCUCACCUGUUUCAGUGAAGGGACAAAGGUGACAGAAAAAGUCUGGGGAUGUUGCCCAAGUACUUGGAAAUCUUUCGAUUCCAGCUGCUACUUCAUUCCUAAUGAACAGAAUUUUUGGAGUAAGAGUGAGCAGAACUGUGUUAAGAUGGGGGGUCAUUUGGUGGUGAUCAACACAAAAGCGGAGCAGAAUUUCAUUGUUCAGCAGCUGAAUAAAUCAUUGUCUUAUUUUCUGGGACUCUCAGAUCCACAAGGGAAUGGCAAUUGGCAAUGGAUUGAUCAGACACCUUACACAGAAAAUGUCAGAUUAUGGCACCAGGAUGAGCCCAAUUUUUCCGCAGAGGAAUGUGCUUCAUUAGUUUUCUGGAAUUCUAGAGGAUGGGGUUGGAAUGAUGUUUUCUGUGAUUCUAAAAGAAACUCAGUAUGUGAGAUGAAGAAGAUUUAUUUUUGAGUGGAAUGUUAUUCAUUGUCACAUUUAAAAUGGAGACCUAUCAUAAAAUGAUAAUUUCCUCUUGUAAUUUAUGUAUAAUUAAUAACAUAGAGCUUCAUGGAAAUAUCCAGAUGCCUUACUCCCUUCAGUCAUCCUUGUUAGAGUUUCCUCUUUCCUGCUAAUGAUAGGUCAAGCUCUUCUUUCCUUGGUGUUUUUCUUUAGUUCAUUAUGCAUUCUUUACUUUCUUCAUACUUUUAAAAAACAUUCCUUGUGACAGA